AUGGCAACUCAAGGCAUUCGCAUCGCCAUCGACCGCGGUGGCACCUUUACAGAUGCCUGGGCAGAGGUUCCUGGGCGAAGCGAACACAUCGUCUUCAAGAUCCUCUCAGUAUGCCCAGAUGAGUACGACGACGCUCCGACAGAAUGCAUCAGACAAAUCCUCGAGAUUGCCUUGGAGAAGUCCAUUCCCAAGGGAUCUCUAUUAGAUCUCGAGCCCAUCGAGUCCAUUCGCAUGGGAACAACAGUCGCCACAAAUGCUCUCUUGGAACGAAAGGGAGACAGAGUCGCUUUCCUCGCAACAAAGGGCUUCCGAGAUAUCCUUCUUAUUGGCAACCAGACCAGACCAGACCUAUUCGACCUUGCUGUCCGGAGAUUAGAGCAACUCUACGAGACAGUGGUCGAAAUUGAUGAGCGUGUAACGAUUGAGGGUGCCAGCGAAGCACCGGAAACUGCUCCAAUCGAUGUUGCGUCAGACCCAGCCCUUGUCAUGGGCCAGACCGGAGAAGUGGUGAGGAUCAUGAAGAAGCCAGAUCUCGCCGCUGUGCGGGCCGAUCUUGAGAAGCUCAAGGCCCAAGGUUUCAAGAACGUUGCCAUCGGUCUCAUGCACUCUUAUACCUACCCAGAACACGAACUCCAGGUCAAGAACCUGGCAGAAGAGAUGGGCUUCAAGGUCUCUGCUUCUUCUGUUCUGCAGUCUAUGGCCAAGUAUGUGCCUCGAAGUCAGUCUGCCGUUGCCGACGCCUAUCUUACACCUAUGACUAUGGCCUAUCUUGAUGGCUUCCGCAAGAACUUCAAGGGCCAGCUGGAGGAUGAGAGUGCGAAUAAGCUUCUCAUCUGCCAGUCUGAUGGUGGCCUGACGAGUUGGUCCAAGUUUACUGGUCUGAGGGGCGUCCUGAGUGGUCCUGCUGGAGGCGUUGUCGGUCUAUCGAGGACAUGCUACGAUGACGCCGAUGGCACGCCGGUGCUAGGCUUUGAUAUGGGCGGUACAAGCACAGAUGUUGCUCGAUACUCUGGCGCCCUCGAGCACAUCUUCGAGAGCACCAUUGCCGAAGUCACGAUCCAAACUCCCCAACUCGACAUCAACACUGUUGCUGCGGGUGGCGGUUCUAUCCUGGCUUGGGAGAACGGUCUCCUCAAGGUUGGCCCCAGCAGUGCUGGUGCCAACCCAGGACCUGCGUGCUACGGAAGAGGGGGUCCCUUGACCGUGACAGACGCCAACUUUCUCCUCGGCCGAAUCAUUCCCGACUUCUUCCCCCGAAGACUGGAUCUCGACAUUGUCAAGUCCAAGUUUGCCGCUCUCACAGACAUUGUCAACCGUGAGAAGGAUGGUGGUGAGCCCUUCACUCCAGAGACCCUGGCUCUUGGCUUCCUCGCCAUUGCGAAUGCCACCAUGACUCGACCUAUCCGAACCCUUAGUGAAGGCCGCGGCUAUGGAGCGGCCAGCCACAACCUUGGUUGCUUUGGCGGUGCUGGUGGACAACACGCCGUCUUUAUCGCCCGUGAUCUUGGCAUCAAGCGAGCCAUCAUUCCUUGCUACUCAAGUAUCUUGUCAGCGUACGGAAUGGCUCUGGCUGAUGUCGUGGUCGAGAACCAAGAGCCUGCAGCCAUCACCUUCUCUGAGGAGGUUGUGCCCGAGGUCAAGGCCAGACUUGAGUCACUUUCCUCUCAGGGAGCCAAGGGCUUGGAGUCCCAAGGGUUUGACGCCAAGUCUACCGAGCACGAAUACUUCCUCAACAUGAGAUACAAGGGAAGCGAUACAUCUCUCAUGAUCCCCGUUUCCUCCCGUGUGGAAGAUGCCGGCGACGCCUUCACUGCGAGACAUACGCAAGAGUUUGGCUUCUCCCAGUCCCGAGACAUCUUGAUCGAUGAUGUUCGUGUUCGAAGUGUGGGCAAAUCUCGUGUGCUCAACAUUUCGAGCCCAUUCGCAGAGCUUAAGAAGUACAACUCUGAUGGCUUGACUCCUGUGCCCACACCCAUCUUUUCACGGAAGAUCUUCUUCGAGAAGCAUGGCUGGACUCAAACAAGUGUUUAUGAGCUCAAGUCGAUCAGCCCCGGAGUUCAUAUCACUGGUCCUGCUAUGAUCAUCGAUAAGACACAGACCAUCGUUGUCGAUCACCUGAGCAAGGCUGUUGUCCUUCCUGAACACGUUGUCCUCGAGGUCGACAAGGCUGAGCAGCAAAGCGUCACCACUCAGACUGUCGACCCUGUACAGCUCAGUGUGUUUGGCCACCGUUUCAUGACGGUCGCGGAGCAAAUGGGACACACGAUGGAAAAGACUUCCAUUUCGGUCAAUAUCAAGGAACGACUGGAUUACUCCUGUGCCAUCUUCUCCGCGGACGGAGGCCUCGUUGCCAAUGCUCCUCACGUUCCCAGUCAUCUUGGAUCCAUGAGCACGGCCAUUGCCUACCAAGCACAGCGAUACAAGGCCGGUGAGCUGAAGCCAGGUGAUGUCAUCAUCAGCAACCAUCCCACAGCUGGCGGUACACAUCUGCCGGAUAUCACUACCAUCACUCCCGUCUUUGAUGAUGAGGAGAACCCUAAGGAGAUCAUCUUUUUUGUCGCCAACCGUGGUCACCAUGCUGAUAUCGGCGGUAUUGUUCCCGGCUCUAUGCCACCAAACUCGACAGAACUGUGGCAGGAGGGCGCUGCCAUCGAGUCGUUCAAGAUGAUUGACCAGGGCGUGUUUGACGAGGCCGGUCUCAUCAAGCGUCUGUACGAUGAGCCUGCUUCCUAUCCCGGCUGCAGUGGAACACGUACUCUGAACGAAAACAUUGCCGAUCUCAAGGCGGCUGUUGCUUCCAACCAAAAGGGUAUCGAGCUGAUUCGGGCUCUGAUCAAGGAGUUUACUUGGCCCGUUGUGCAGCUUUACAUGCAUGCCAUCCAGGACAAUGCUGCUCAGUCGGUCCGUGAUCUGCUUAAGCAGUUUGCCGUCAAGCAUGAGGGUGGUGUUCUUGAGGCGACCGAGUACAACGAUGACGGUAUUCCGUUCAAGCUCAAGGUUACCAUCGACAAGGACACUGGUGAGGCUGUUUUCGACUUCACUGGUACAGGCCCCGAGCACUCUGGUAACCUCAAUGCUCCCCCAACUUGCUCAUACUCUGUCAUCAUGUACUGCCUCCGAUCCAUGAUCUCUACGGAUAUCCCUCUCAACCAAGGCUGUCUCAAGCCGAUCAAGGUUGUCUGCCCCGAAAAUACCAUUCUGUCUCCCUCGCCAACUGCCGGUACUGUCGGCUGCACCACAGAGACAUCUCAGAAGGUGGCCGAUCUUGUCCUCCGCGCCUUCAACGCCGCAGCCGCCUCCCAAGGCACCAUGAACAACCUCAGCUUCGGCUGCGGCGGCACCGACCCCGUCACCGGGGAGGUCACCAAGGGCUUCGGCUACUACGAGACCAUCUGUGGUGGUGCUGGAGCUGGUCAGGGCUGGCAUGGUGCCAGUGCUGUUCACACACAUAUGACGAACACACGCAUCACAGAUCCAGAGAUUUUAGAGAAGCGAUAUCCCGUGAUUCUUCACGAGUUCUCGAUCCGUAAAGGAAGUGGUGGUGAUGGUCAAUGGCGUGGUGGCGAUGGAUGCAUUCGGGAGAUGGAGUUCCGUAUGCCCCUCCAGGUUUCCGUUCUCACAGACCGAAGAGUCACCGCACCAUACGGGCUUGAGGGCGGAGAGAAUGGCCAGCGAGGUCAGAACAUUUGGGUCCGCAAAGAUCCCGUUACUGGUGCGACGAGGCAGGUGUCGCUCGGACCGCGAAAGACGUCGCAUUUCGGGGUUGGGGAUCGCGUCAUUAUCAUGACCCCUGGAGGAGGUGGUUUCGGCCCUGUGCCGUCAAAGAAUGGGGUCAAGGCACCUCAAUCGUUGGGUACUGGUUUUGAGAUCAAGGAGCGAGACGCGAGGUCAUUAUUGACGAAUGGAUCUUUGGGAGUGAGACAUAGCAUUGCCACUGGAAAUUAG